AUGCAGAAACUCAUCAAGCGCACGGCCCAGGCCGAGAAGCAGGUCGCCCGCCGUAUGAAGAAGCGCUCCCGCGGCGAGAUCGGCUCCGAGAAGGCACAGCGCUUCAGGGACCAGCGCAACCAGCUCACGGAGCUCAACCAGGACGUCAAGAACGCCCGUCUCGCCCGCAACGAGAAAUGGGCACUUGGUCCCCUGGCCCCGCGCCGCGACUUUUUCGACAGCUACGGAGCCUUCGAAACGAACAGACAGGGACGCUCGACGGCUCUCAAGCCCGAGGAGGUUGAGGCGCGCUGCGCCUGGGCCGGUGGUUGCCAGUACCUGAACAUUGCCGUCAAUGACCGCGUGGUGCUUCUCGAAGGCCCUGACAAGGGCAAGAUCGACCGCAUUGCUAGCAUCAACCUCGAGUACGGCACCGUGGUGCUGAAGGAGAUCGCAAAGGCCACCGUCGCUGUCCCCGAAACCUUUCAAAGUAUCCUCGACGCUCCCACAACGCAAAACACAUCCGUGAACAUCCCCAUCUCGGCGAUCCGUCUCGUCCACCCCAUCGUCGACCCCGAGACCGGCGUCGCCCGCGACGUCGUAGUCCGUCAGCUCGCCCGCGGCCCCGUCAAGUGGUCCCGCAACACUGGCUGGCGCGCUUGGACGCGUUACAUCCCCGGCGCCAACAUCGCCAUUCCCUGGCCAGAGCGCGACAUCCCCGUCCGCGAGGACCUACCCGGCGAUACGACGCGGGUCGAUGUCGAGCAGAUCACUUUCGUGCCGACGCUCCUAUCCCCACCCAUGCCCGUGUCCGUCAUUGACGAGCUGCGCAACAAGUACUCGCGCUUCCGUACCCGCCACGAGGACGACUACAUCCUCCGCAAGGAGGCCGAAGAGGCCGAGAAGAAGGCCCUCAAGAAGGCGUCGGCCGACGCCCUCGCCUCCAUGCGUACCCCAAUCCAAGAGUUCAACCGCCAGCAGCGCGAGGCCCGUCGCGCCCGCGGCGAGCCCGAGCUGACGACGGACAUGCUACAGCGCAUCGGCGAGAUCAUCGCAAGGAACAAGGCCGCCGUCACGGGUGCUUCCGCGCCGAAACCCAAUAUUUCCGACGUUUCUGCCGUGGCGGCGGAAGCGAGCACGGAGAGCCACCCCCCGCCUCAAUAA